CUCUCUCUCUCUCUCUCUCUCUCUCUCUCUUGGAGCCCUAAUUCCGUUUCUGGCCUUACCAGUACCUCAUCUCCGAGAUUCCCGGCUCUUCUUCUCUUCCCAAACCCUAAGCCUGGUCAAGGCGGAAGCUGGUCUUGGAUGAGGAUUUCCAGUGGGAAGCGGCCGAAUUCGUUCCCGGAUAUCAAAUGCGGAAGCCUGCUCUGUUCUUUGUUGUAUGGGGACGGAAUUCAAGUCUCAGAGUACAAAGCUGCAGCUGUUUCUUUCCAAAAAGGCCAAAUGGAAGCUGGAAUAAUUGAAUACUCAUACCAGCAUCCUUUUUCAUUUUGGCAGGAUCCAAGAGAACUUGAUAUGCUGGGACAGAGAACACAGAAAACUGCAAGGGCAUUCAAGGAAUGGGCUAAUCAACCAAGUAUAGCUUUCUUAUUGAAGCGAUCAUUCUUUUUCUCCAUCUACAUGGAGAGAAGGGGUACUGAAAUUAAAGGAACAUGACCUAUUAAUACACAAUUUUCCCAUCAAGUAGGGAGAGGAGAAUCUCGAGGUGACCCGUAUGAUCUCAUAAGUAGUUAUUUUCCCCUUCCAGGUAAUGAUAAGUUGAUAAUUUUUUAGGAGCUUGAAAUUUUAGUUGGAACACGACAUGGAUAUGUAAUUAUAGACAUUAGCUGUAACUGAUUAUUUAUAUAUUGCGAGAAAAUUUAUUUAUUUGUAUAUUUAAUGUCUUUAUGAUAUAUGCUGGAUGUUCUUUUUGUUGUUGAUGGCAGUUAUUUAUGGCAGCAAUGAAUCAUUUGUAGAAGUUGCGGAUGAAAGUUUUCCUCUUAGGGACAUAUGGCUUAAUGGGCAUCUCAUUUAGUGUAGUGUUUCACAAAAAUUCAUACUCUGCAGUUAUUUCUCCAAAAGCAGCUAACAACUUCACUGCUCCUCCAUGACAGGCCUGUAAGCUUCUCUUGGUUUAACCACAUACAUUGAGAACUGUUCUGGAUUAGAUAAAUAGCAUGCAAUAAUAUGAAGAUCUGGUCAAAAUGGGUGAUCCAGUGAUUCCGAAGUUGAGUCUGAUUUAAGCUCUAGAAAGUACGGUAAUUAGCACCAAGCACAGGCUGCUCUGCUGGUUCUGUGAUUGAAGACCGCAGCAUUUCUGAAUUCUGAAUAUCGAGAGCCUCUUAUUCAGUGGACCUGACUUGAAUGAAAAUGGCUGCAGGUUUACGUGACCCGGCAAACUCAAGGUGGACAGGUAUGAUAUCAGUUCACUUCCCCUGGAUUAUUUAUUCAUCAAUCAAAAGAGGAUUCUGGAAUAAGAUAUUUAUUUGGUUGGAGCAUGUUUAGUAACGUUGUUAUUUUUUGUGUUUUUAUUUCUAUGAAAAUCAGUAAAUUAUCACAUGAAAAUUGAUGUUGAAAAUAGCAUUUGCACAGAAUUUCUAUUAUCCCUUGCUUCUGUUUUCACUCUUUUUGAAAGCACUACAUCUUUGCUUCCAAAAAUUAAAGAUUUUGACGCAAAAAAUGAAAAACAAAGACGUUUAUAAUGUUGUUUGGUCUAGGCCAUAUCUCUUCUUGGAUUUUGAAAAUGAAAAUAGAAAACAACGGCAAUACCAGCUGGGCCCUUUGUUUCGUUUUCUUCAAAGUGAUGGUAAAAGUGGAAAAAAGGCCGAGUAUUCAGGGAUAGGAUAUUGGGUUCUCUUUCUGGUUCCAAAGGCGAUGCUCAAAGAAAGGUUGCUCUCUCUCUCUCUCUCUCUCUAAAAGUUUUAGGAGGUAUUCAAAGUUGCUGUUAUCGUAUCUGAAGAGCAAUCUAUGUUUCGGUUCAUUUACUUGCGCCUUUCCUGACUGUUUAGCAGCUUAGCCUGAUUGAGCUGCUUUGGUAAAUGUCAGUAGAAAGGUCAAGCGUAGGACAUCCUGAUAGGCCAGGCUAUUAUAGGCAAAGAACCUUAUCCUAGAUAUAUCGGAACGAUUUAUGGAUCUGCAAUUUCUUCUCAUGCCUUUUUUUUUUGUUUCUUGAAUUCCUGUCUGAAGUCGAACCGGAAUUUAAAAUAUUUUGGAAUAGCCUUUCCGCUCCUUGCUCUAGCAAUUAGUAGUCAAGUAAAAAGGAGCCCGCCAUAAUUUAUCAUAAGCCUUUCCAAGGGAAGGCCUAGAUUUCAUGUUCUAUAAAUAGCAGUCUGCUGGUCUUGAUUGCAUCAAUCCUGUAUAACAUCGUGUUUAGCUUAUCUUCUAUUAAAUAUUCCUAAGCACAGAGAUGGUGUAAAUUAAGCUUUCGUUUAUUGCGUGCCAGACCUGUGUUACCAAGCCUUUUCUGAUGUAAAAGAGGCAAAAAAAAAAAAACAAAAAACAAAAAAACAAUCGCAGGAGAUGUUGAUUUUCCAUCCACUCUCUCUCUCUCUCAAAAAUUUACACUUGCCUGCUAAUAUUUCAACUAAUUAGCUAAAUCUGCAGAAAAAAUGAUAUGUGAUCUGGGUUGCAGAAGUUGAAUUAGAUUCUGACUCCAUGUCACAGGGUUCGCUUCCCAUCAGUAAAAUGGCUACGCUUUGAUGGAACAGGGGACAUCAAUUCUAAUAAUAUACCCGCCAUGGAGGUUCAUCUGUAUUGUUUAGACAUCAAUUUGUAAUAAGAUGGACAGUAUUGAGCAACCAUAUCUAUCCGCUAUUGAUGCCCAAGAAUCACAGUAAA